AUGGCAGCCGGAAUGUUGAGGUUGUGCACUCAGUGCCUUUCGUCAGCAGCAGCAAUGCGUAGGCUCCUGGCUACCCGCGUUUGCUGGGAAUCCUCCAAGGCCGGGGUCACUCCAUCCACUGUGGCCAGAAAGCAGGCACUAGAACCGGCCUCCCAAUGGCAAGAGGAUCCAGCACCAGAGGAAGAAAACUUGUAUGAGAAGAACCGAGACUCUCAUGGUUUUGACAAGGAUCCUGUGGUCGACCUCUGGAACAUGCGUGUUGUCUUCUUCUUUGGCUUCUCUAUUGUCCUCGUCUUUGGCACCACCUUUGUGACUUAUCUGCCUCACUACAGGAUGCACGAGUGGGCCCGCCAAGAAGCUGAGAGGCUUGUGAAGUACCGAGAGGCCAAAGGCCGCCCCAUCAUGGAGUCCAACUGCUUCGACCCUAGCAAUAUCCAGCUGCCAGAGGAUGACUUAGCAGCGUGGUACUCAAGAAAGUCGCCUUCCUCACCUGCUGCCCACCUUUCUGCCCACACCUCAGAGGGCACUUCGGACAGGACAGAUGUGAACACAGAGAAGGUGACUUGGACACCAGGAGAAGACAGCCACGUGCCUGGAGUGGUGCAUCUGCACGUCAAGGAACGCCGAAGAUUACUGGAGAACGCCAGCAGCUGGGAAGGACACGAAAGGACCCUUCCCUACGCUGGCCGGAGAUCACAGCCCUGCAGGCGCCUCGAUUUCAGACCCUGA